AAGCAACCUUGCAAAAUAUGCGUUUGUUGAUUUAAUUUUGGACACCAUUGUAUUUGCGCAGACGAGUCUUUUCAUAUGGAUCCGCUCGUAUACAGUUUCGUAUGUGGAGAGUGUCAGCAUUGCUAUGUCUUGUAGUUUACAGAAAGUGCUGUGCUUUUGAAAGGGGCGACCUUGGAAAAGUUGCUGUCAUUUGCGAAGGAGUGUGGUCUGGAAGGGAAAGUUAAGAUCACAUGACAACACAUUUAGGGAAGAAUGAUUUCUUCAAAAUAUCUGUUUUACGGUUAUACAACAACGUCAGCACGGCUACAUUCAAUUGUUAGGAGUAAUUCAGGUGGUAACUGGUUCAGUGGUAGAAACAAGCAAGCACCUGUUGUGACAACAAGAGAGGGUGCUGCACCACUACACAAGUCAACAAUCACACAGUAUCCGGCAGCAGCACCACUCCCGCUGCCUACUAAUGUUGAAGAGUUUGAAGCUGCUGAAAAAGCUUGCUUCUCGCCAGAGAGAUCAAGAGAUAUAUCUGGACCAGUAAUAACUGCAAAAGCUGUUUCCAUUGACUGGCAAGAGAAUGGCUGUAGGAAAACGGAAAAUGCUUCUGAUCCACAUGUGGCAAGCUACGACUGCAGAGGUGCUGUUUCUUUGAGUUCUGUAAUGCAGACGAAUGUCCCACAGCCCUUCUCAUCACAAGGCAAAAGCACUUACCUCAACAUGCCUGGUGGACAGUGGGGCCAGAGUGAUAAAUAUGUAGCCGAAGAGCUGAGAAAUUCCCACUUUUCAAAUUCGGCUGCUGAAGCCCAUGAGAAAUUUGAAAAAAAUAAGAGAUCAGGUAUUUUAGCACUUAACUGUUUUGACAGAUUAAAUUCCAGGAAUAAUGCUUUGCCGGUAAAUUUAAAUCUAAAAAAAAGCCUAAGCACUCGGUGUCAGUAUAUAAUUCCUCAGGUCAGCUUUGUGCCCACAAGAUACUGCAGCACUAACGAUGCAAACAAGCCCCUCUCUCAAAAACAAAAGCUAAAGCAAGCUGUGAAAGAUUAUGGUGCAACUGUGAUUGUGUUCCACAUUGGUAUAUCAUUAAUAUCUUUAGGGGGAUUCUAUCUAGCUGUAUCAAGCGGACUAGAUGUUGCAGCCUUGCUUCGGACAUUUGGUGCUAGUGAUGUCGCUGCAGGGGCUAGCACUUUUGUCGUGGCCUAUGCUGUUCAUAAAGUUUGUGCUCCUGUGAGAAUUGGCAUAACACUAACAGCAGCUCCUUUCAUUGUUCGCUAUUUGAGGAGGAUAGGUGUUCUUAAAGUUAAAACUGGGUGAACUAGCUAUUUCUAUAAAUGUUUAACAUUCCUUUGCCACUUGCACUGAGAGAGGUUGACUGACAAAUUACUAAAUAAAGAUGUUUUUUUUUUUUUGUGUUUGUGUGUCUUUGUUAUUUUUACAGAUAUGCAAAAUAAUUAAAAUGGGUAUCAUAUUGUAGUGUCUGUCAAUAAAGGCAGUAAUAUAUACAGUAAAAUGAUCAUUCCAAAGUGUGAUCCUUGAUAUUGGUAGUUAGUUUCCUUUUUCUGACUUUAAUGUGUUUGUAGAAAGAUGUUUGCUGUAAUAAUUUGAUGUUACAGUAUUUUCAGACACAUCAUUAAAAUUCAUAUUGAACUUGUUUAUACUCUUUUGAAUGUUGAAAAGUGUGCUGAAUUCGAAGAAACACAUGUAACUAAGUUUUUCAUGUACACUGCAGCACAAAAGUAUGUAAUCAUCAGUGCAUUCUUGCCUUUGUGAUAUUUGUAGUGCAUCUUGAUCAAUACUAAUACUAUGGUGCUGUCAGUUCUUUUACCAAGACUAUUCUUAGUUAGUAUUGAAUAUGUAACUUGAUACAAAGAAAACGCUUCAUAUGUUACUGCCACAUUGGUUGCAUUUGUUCAUAUAAAAUUAAUUGGAAAUAGAGUAUUUUUGCAUGUUAA